AUGGCACUCAAAAUCAUACAAAUCAACCUACAACAUAGCAAGGGGGCGACAGUCACCCUAGCCGAAACAAUGAGAAGAACAAAAGCAAACAUAGCCCUAAUCCAAGAACCCUGGGUGUGCCACAAUGCGCCCAGAGAUCUUGGACUAGCGGGAAAAAUACACACACCGACAAACGAUGGCAAAAUGAGAACAUGCAUUCUCACACGAAAGGUACUCGAGGCCACUCUGAUCCCUCAUUUAAGUGACAGUGAUAACACUGUAGUGGCCUUUGAAUGCAAGAAUCCAAAUACAAGCCCUAGCCCAACAAACAAUGACAACCACGAAAUCUACAGAUGGCUCGCCAUAGCAACAUACCUACCAUGGAAUGCCACAGAAUCACCCCCAGGUGACAAACAUAGAGAAAUACUAACAUGGUGCAUCGAAAAGAACAUUGAAGCAGUUAUUGGAGCCGAUGUGAACGCACGACACGCUAGAUGGGGCAGCACUGACACCAACACCAGAGGCAAUAGAAUGGUGGAAUUCCUAGACGAAUUCGGCUUAAUAUGUCACAACAGAGGCAACACCCCGACAUUUGUAACAAGAACAAGAGAAGAAGUACUAGAUGCAACCUACAGCACUCAAGAAAUGUCUCAUAGGAUAAAAAACUGGAGAGUGUUAGAUAAAAACAGCCUCUCCGACCAUAGAUACAUAUCCUUUGAGAUAAAAGAGCCAACAACAAGAACACCAAUCAGCAGAAGAAACCCAAGAAAAACCAGAUGGACUGAAUUCCUGGAAGAAAUAGACACAAAUAUCAACAACCUUCCAUCGAGAUACUGCAGCAAUAGCAUAGAGCUAAACAUUCCAGCCGAGGCACUAACCAAAACUAUUGCCAAAGCUUGGGAGAACAGCACCGAAGAAAAUGAGUGCAAAACAAAAAUCGACAUACCUUGGUGGAACGAAGAAAUAGCGAACCAAUAA